AUGUAUUAUUUGGAUGAGAAUGUUGCAAAUUAUUGGGGUCAAGCAUGGCAUGGUAGGCGAAAAGCCAUAGAGAGUACUUAUGGAACUUGGGAGAGUAACUUUGAUGAGUUGCCCAAGUACAUUGCAGCAUUGCAGGCUUCAAAUCCUGAUACAGUUGUGAAGUGGUUUCAUUGUCCAAAUAGCUCAUCAUCACAUGUAGAGACAUUCAAAUAUGUUUUUUGGGCUUUUGGACCCGCCAUUGAUGCGUUUUGUCUAUGUCGACCUAGGAAAAAAAUGCUUGUUGCUGUCACAAAAGAUGCAAACAAUAGUAUAUUGCCUGUUGCGUAUGAUAUCAUUGAUGAAAAGAUUUCAGACAGUUGGGGUUGGUUUUUUUACCAACUCAGACAUUUUGUUGUUCCAAACAAACAAUUAUGUGUUGUUUCGGAUAGGCACAAAGGAAUAAUUCAUGCAAUGGAAAAUCUACCAGAAUGGAAAGAGCCAUUAGCAUACCAUCGCUUUGGUCUUCGACACAUUAGAAAUAAUUUCAUCCAAUGGUACAAGAAUGUGUGUCUUAAAAAGCUUUGUUGGUCUAUUGGUAGCACCACACAAAUAAGAAAGUUUGUUAUGUAUAUGAAUGAAAUAAAAAAUAUCAAUCUUGAAGCUUGGCAGUAUUUAAAGGAAAUUAAAAGAAUUCAAUGGUGUUUUUUAUAUGAUCACAAUCGUCGAUGGGGUUUCUUGACAACAAAUAUCUCUGAGAGUCUGAACAAUGCACUUCGCGGAGCAAGACAGUUACCGAUCAAGGCGUGUAUUGACCUUACAUUCAAUAGAACUGUACAACUUUUUAGAAAGUACAGUGAUAUUGCAAUGAAUUGCAAUACACCUCUACCAUCAUGUAUGUGGCGUCUCUUUCGAAAAUGA